GCCUGGAUCGCGUGACAGAGACUCGUCUGUGUACAAUUGAGACGAUAUAUUAUAGAGCAUACUGUUUCAAACACUGGUUAUACAACAGUUAGACCUCUUCGACACAGACACACAUCAAAAUGAGAAAGUUUUGGAAGUUUACCGGACUGUUUAUUGUCGGCAUUGCAAUAUACAUUGCAUACACAUCGAGAGACACCUUUGACCCAGAAAGCAUACGUGGGAAGCGAGUAGUUGUGACCGGUGCAAGUACCGGUAUUGGGGAACAAGUCGCCUACCAAUAUGCAAAGCUGGGAGCUAAUAUGUUAAUCACUGCUCGGAGAGAAAACCUACUUAAACAGGUUGUAAAGAAAUGUUUAGACUUGGGGGCGCAAUCCGCAAAGUACAUUUCACUGGACAUGCAAACCAUUAACGAGACUGGUAAAUUGAUAACUGAAGCUGAGAAGACACUCGGUGGAUUAGAUUAUCUCGUUUUAAACCACGCGCUCUACAACGUGGAAUUAUGGGAUGGCGAUAUCGAGGGACUUCAAGCACUAAUGAAUAUCAACUUUAUUUCCUAUGUGAAUCUAGCAACCAAAGCACUACCCAUGCUGUCUAAGUCUAAUGGUAGCAUAGCUGUAGUGUCAGCUGGUGCUGGUUUGUAUAGUUUGCCUGGUCUUGUUGCCUAUUCUGCCUCAAAACACGCCUUAAAUGGGUUCUUUGAAGGAUUGAGACUUGAACUGAAAUAUAAGGAAAUCGAUGUAGCUGUAACAUUGCUUUUACUUGGUGGUAUAACCACUGAUCAUGUGAUUGAUAUGAUACCGAAUUGUGACACAUUGGCACAUUUUGGUGACCCAACUGAGGCUACCUCAAUCAUCGUGAAAGCCACGAGUUCCAAACAGACAUGGGCUUACUACCCCUGGGCUGAUGUAAGAAUCAUGGAAAUAGUACAUACUAUUUCACGUGAUCUAUGUAAUAUCAUGAUAGCAGACUUACUGUUCCCAAUGUUAAGAAUGAUGAAGAUAUAG